UGGUGCCACCCUGUGUUUCCAGCUACUGUGCGGGAGGUGAUAUUCAUCUACAUUGACUCCGGUUACAUUCGGGGAAAGCCCAUAUAGACAUACGUAUAUCUUGCGUCAAGCAUAAGUAAAGCCACACAGCGUAAUACCCAUGUAAAAAACACUAUGUAUUGGAAGGUUAUUUUCAGGUCUGACGCGCCGGUGUGUGACGGGCUGGGUAUAAAUGGGUUGGCUGCACCACUGGGGCGAUAACUGUCGCCUCCCGCAGCAGCAUGACGUCAACACUGCAGCUUCUUCUAACUGUUGUCACCAUAGUCUCAGCACAGCAAGAGCUGCUCACGUACGAGGACCACCCCUGUAUACGUGAGUGUGUUGAUGGCGCCCCUCCCAUGACGUGCGAGUAUAACUUCACCUUGGAAUACUAUCACGUGUUGAGCAAGGCCUGCUUCACGUGUCCUUUCAACAUCACCGACUGCAACCGACCUCACUGUGUCGCUGCUGACGGCGUCCGGAGACCCAUUAUCACCGUCAACAGGAUGCUGCCCGGUCCCGCCCUGCAUGUCUGCCUAAACGAUAUGGUCGUUGUGAACGUGGACAACAGGAUGGAAGGGUCUGAGAGCACCUCCAUCCACUGGCACGGGGUCUUCCAGAAAGGUUCCCAGCAUCAUGACGGCGUCCCCAUGAUCACCCAGUGCCCCAUCCCGCCUUCAUCCAGCUUCCAGUACAGGUUUAAGGCAGCCAAUCGAGGCACCAUGUAUUGGCACUCCCACUCCGGGCUGCAGCGUAAUGACGGCGUCUUUGGUGCUCUGAUCAUCCGGGAACCUAAAUCACGUGACCCCUCGUCUAGCCUCUACGAGCAUGACCUUCGUGAACAUACCUUGGUUGUGCAUGACUGGCUGACUCGCACGUCCACGACACGCUACACGGAGCUGCUGUAUGUGGGUGCCUUCACCUCUAAAGUCACGAUGCUUAUUAACGGCCGCGGUGCCUACCAGGACUUCAUCAACCCAAACACCAACGAGACGGUGUACACCCCGUACUCCGUGUUCCGUGUACAGAAGGACACCAGGUAUCGCUUCCGGGUCAUCAGCAGCGCCUUCCUGAAGUGCCCCAUCCAGAUCUCCGUAGACGACCAUCAGGUCACCAUGAUUGCCAGUGAUGGAGUUCCCUUCAACCCUGUCGUCGUCAGCUCAUUCAACGUUUUCCCAGGAGAAAGGUACGACUUUGUGCUGGAUGCAGACCAGGUUGUGGGCAACUACUGGAUCCGGGCUCGCGGCAUGAUCGACUGCGAAGGGGACAAGGCCAGACAGGUCGCCAUCCUCAGAUAUGACAGCGCCCCAGAGACGGAGCCCAGUGCACCUACUGACUACGACAGUGCAGUGCGAAUCGGGAAGCUUUUGAAUCCCCUGAACGACAAAGGGUCACCGGACAGAAUGCCGGUGUCGUUGCUGAAUGCCACUCUGGCUGAUCCAGUUGAUCUCAAGGAGAAGCCUGACAAGAAAUUCUACCUUACAGUUGACUUUAACAAGGUCAACAACCACCACUUCCACCAUGAACUGUACUACCCCAUGUCGGCCACGGAGAAAGAUCUACCCUCACCACAAGCCAACAACAUCAACAACAAGGAACCCUCGGCGCCUCUACUGACACAGUACAACGAUGUACCACAGGAACUGUUUUGUACCCCCGAGAACACCAGGAACUGCAGUAACCGCUACUGUGAGUGCAUCAACGUCCUGAAGGUCGACUUGGACGACACGGUGGAGAUCAUCCUCAUUGAUGAAGGCUCAUUCACCAGCACCAACCAUCCCUUUCAUCUCCAUGGAUACAACUUCCGGGUGGUUGCUAUGGACAAGAUAAACAGUUCCACCACUCUGCAAGAGGUAAUGAAACUGGACACCGAUGGUUUGAUUAGCAGGAACCUUGUCACGCCAAUAGCUAAAGAUACCGUCACCAUUCCAAAUGGCGGCUACACAGUGGUCCGAUUCAAGGCCAAUAACCCAGGUUUCUGGCUGUUCCACUGUCACGUGACAUUCCACAGUCUGCUGGGUAUGGGCGUGGUCAUCCAGACUGGGGAGGUGUCCCAUAUGCCUCUCCCCCCUAAACGCUUCCCCAUGUGCGGAAGCUGGCAGUACAGUGGAGAGUCUGACGGCGAUCUGACAUUUUGUAACUCAGGGCGUCGUCGAGGUUCUUCACUGACUGUGAUAAUACUGUGUAUAUCCAUGUGGUUGUAUUACUGUAUACCCGUCCACAGGGACUCCACCAAUGGUCAAAUCUUUCAACUCCUGUGAACGCGACAUGGAGCCCAAUCAUAUAUUUCUUAUCUCAGGAAACAGAAUAUGUUCUUGCAAAACAUAUUUUGGUUAGGUGAGGUGAGGUGAAAUUGGGUUUAACGUCGUGCUUGAGAAUAUUUCGCUCAUAUGACGACGUGCAUGCGUGUGAACGUGUAUGUGCGGCUGCUUGUA